AACAAUCAGUUUAGUUUAACAGGCCAAGCGUGUUGCUCUAAAUAUGGCAGCGACUCUCCUUCUGUUGACACUGUUAACGGCAACAACAGGGGGUUUUGGAUCCCCUGUUAAACCUGUUCCAAAAGAGCUAUUUGAAAUCAUCGUCGACUGGGCGCCCUUGGUCUGGCUUCAUCCGGAGGAGGUCUUCUUCCCCUCCAGCGUGGACUUCCACUUCGAAAACGUUGAGGUCCGCACAGAGAACGAGACCGUGGUCCAGACCUCGCCGGACCGAUGGAGUGUGGUGACCGGACCUGACACGAGGUCCAUGCACCUGAAUUCGGUCCCUGAUCUUGACUGUGCGGACUGUCUCCUGGACUGGUUUGCGGGCCAGAAUGUGAGUGAAGUGACUGUCCCCACUUACGUCUUCAUCAAGGACUACCAAGACGCAUGCGGUACCGUCGACGUCGUGUACCGCAGUUUCUACCCGUACAACUUCGGCAAAGAUGUGUGUGUGGGUGUUCCCAUUGGCGACGUGUGUGAGGGUUACAUGCAGUCCUUUGGCAACCACGUGGGCGACUGGGAACACUUCUCGAUAAGGAUAAGGGACAGAAAAGUAGUGGAAUGCUACGUCUCAGUACACUCCUUCGGCGCCUGGUAUACCUGGAACGACACGGCCAACAAUUUCCAGUUUACACACGGUGAGGACAGCCGCAUCGAUGUGGUGGACGUGACUUACCCAGCGACCGUCGAGGUGGUGGAGGGGCUUCACGCAGAGGUGUUCAGUGCCAAUGGCUCCCACGGGCUCUGGUCUGCAGCAGGGACCCAUGAGUACGUGCACUUCCCCAUCCACCUCAAGGACCAGGCUGACCGUGGCUAUGCCUGGAGGUCGUGGGACAGCCUUGAGAUCGUCGAGUAUGACUCGGAUGUUGUGUCAAUAAUGUCUGUUGCGUACGAAGGCGAGCUGCACUACCUAGGCUACCGCGGCCGUUGGGGCAACCAGAAGCGGGGCUGCGAGGUGGAACCUGUCUCCGGAGAGUGCAUCCUGGGGGUCCUGGCUAGGUCCUGGCUAUUGGCCUCAGGGACCCGGGGACUUCCCUGAGGAUGGCUGUGGCGCCUGAGAGAUGAAAAUCGCGUGGAAAUAGACUGUUGUAAUGUAAAAGAUGAAAGUAAAUGGGAAUAAAAUAGGAUGAUGAAAA